AUGGAAGAGCUCCCCAGCGUGCUGUGGUCCUACCGAACCACGCCGAGGUCAGCAACCCAAGAAACCCCGUUUUCCCUAACUUAUGGGUUCGAGGCUGUCGUCCCAGCCGAAUUCAUUACCUCGAGUCCACGAAUGGUCGCAUAUGCUGCCGAAGUCAAUGAAGAAGAACGGCGAGUUGACCUCGACCUCGCCGAGGAGAAGCGUGAUAUGGCCAUGGCCAAAGUCGCUAUUUACAAAAAUAUCCUAACUGGUUACUACAAUGCUCGGGUCAAGCACUUGCGGUUCAAUCCGGGAGACCUUGUUCUCCGGAAGAACUCAGUUAGCCGAACUGAACCUCAGGAAAAGUUAAAUCCCAAGUGGGAGGGACCGUACUGUGUUGUUGAAUCCAGUCAAAAUGGAUAUUGUAAAUUGGCUUACCGAAAUGACUCUCGGGUGCCCUGA